GCACCAUAGCAGCAGGAUUUCCAAGGCUAAGCGUGCUCCGCUCAAUCUCCGCUGUCAUCAGCAGGAUAGCAGCAGUGUGCCAGGCACCGUUCCCUCGAGCUUUGCGUAACCCGUCCGACGAAGGUCCAACCUGCGAUCCUCAAGUCUUUGAGGCUCAACCAAACAAAUCUCGACAUAACUUCACGCUCGUUACACCCUACCUCGUUACCGACCGUUACUCCCGACCGCGAUCUUGCAGAGCCCCAGACCACAUUUUUAUAUCACUCUCGUUGCACGUUCAUCAUUCAAGUCGACCGACCGACCAUAUCUGUGUUUGCGAGUAAUUUAGAACCGACCCGUGUCUCGGCCGAGCAGAGCAGUGUGGUGCAACAACAAGAACUCCAUCUGCGGCAGCACGAAAUUCCCCGCCACGUCAAAACGUCGUUGUUGACGACUUUUUAGCGCUGCUAUAGCUAUGGCAUCGUGUUGUUGACAGCUUGGAACCGGCCAUUUCAAUUGAGCAGCUCGAUUGCUCGUCGGUCCAGGCGCGGUGACUCUUCACAGAUUUCAACCACGGCGCGAUGCGAUUACCCUUUGGGCGGCGCCAUGCUGCCCGCCGCAGUUUUUUGUCACCCUUCUCUCUCCUCAUCUCGCUAUCUACGUUUGCAAUAUCGCCAGCAAGCGCAAUCUCGUUCACGCCAGUUCCUCCCCCGAACCUCGAUCUUUCCCAGCUCGGCCGGGUAGUCUUAGCAGGCGACUAUUCAGGGAUAUCCCUGUAUCAGUUCGAGGAACAGAGCGAGCAAACAUUACGAAGCAAUGGCAGCGAACAGCUCCUCGUGCGUACACCUAAUGGCGUCUUCGUGCCUAUCGUCUAUACCGACGCGAGUAUUCGCGCCAUGUGCGAUCUCGACGCCAACAAUGGAACCGUUGUUGUGUUGGGAGGCAACUUCACCAGCAUUAGGGGCCCCGACCCUGGCGCGCAAGCCAGGCAGUCCAACGCCAUCGCCCUGUUCGAUCCCAGCACUGGCGCCGUAACCCCUCUCCCCGGGGUAUCUGGCGAGGUCAAUGCCAUGCUCUGUGACCAGGACAAGAAGAUGGUCUAUCUGGGAGGGAGCUUUGUCGGCGCCAACUCGACUAACGCCCUGGCCAUGAACAGCGACGGAAAAUUGGUCAAUCUGCCCUUUGCAGGGUUCAACGGGCCUGUGACGUCCAUUGUGAAGGCGUCCAACGGAAACAUCAUUUUCGGAGGAAGCUUUACAGGGUUAGGGAACGCGAGCGCUCCAAGCACGCCCGACGGCCAGAUCAUCAACCUCUCGACCGCGACCAUCACUAGCGGAUCCUCGACCACGGCGGAAGGGUUCAGCGACCCCAGGAACAUCAUCUGCAAGACGGGCGGCGAAGACGGGCCGGGGAACACGUGGUUGCUGCAGGACAAUACGCCGGGAUUUUGGAACGCCCAGUUCGGACACGGGUUCCGGCCGACUAAGCUGCGACUAUACAACACGCACCAGGAUGGCAGGGGCACCAAAACAUGGCGAUUCACGGCCAUGCCGAUUAACGGCAUCAUGAACUUCACCUACAUCGACCCGAUCACUCGCCAGAAUGCGAGCUGCACGAGCGAGUGUCCGUUGAGCAAUGACGAGAACGUAAAGUUCCAGGACUUCCACUUCGUUAAUGUCAUUGGCAUGAACGAGUUCCGCCUGGAUAUUUCGGAUUUCUACGGUAGUGGCGGAGGACUGAACGGGAUCGAGCUGUUCAGCGACGACAUCUUCUCGUAUGCUGUCAACGACUUCAACGAACCCUCCUGCGCCGGCCUGCAGUCGCAGUCCACAGCCACCGCGACUGGUCCGUGGACUGUCUCGCCAUCCUACUCGAGCACCGCGGAAUAUCUGACGGCCCAGCUCACUGCACCCAUUACUGAAGACUCCGCGUCCGUGGUGUUCACUCCGGACAUUAGAGAGUCCGGCCACUACUCGGUCAACCUGUAUACCCCGGGUUGCCUCCAGGACAACACGUGCGCCACGCGCGGCCAGGUUAGGCUCACCGGGCAGAUGACAGCCGAUCCGACCAAGAGCGUCCCGAUCUCUGUCGACCUCUAUCAGACCAACAACUUUGACAAAUAUGAUCAGAUCUACUUUGGCCUCAUCGACGCGAGCUCCGGUAGCUUCCGCCCUCGCGUUACUAUGACCCCCCUGGCGGGCCAGUCCCUGGCCCAAAUGACGUUUGUCGCUCAGCGCAUCGGCUUCACCUUGAUUAACAGCACAGGUGGCUUGAACGGGCUCUACGAGUAUGCUCCCGGAUCCCCAGUCAACGCGAGCGAGUUCAUGAAGUCCGCCGUCAACCGCCUAGGGGCCAGUUUCUCGACAGGCUCAGCCGUCAACGCGUUGGCCACGGCGGAGGAUACCACUUACAUCGCAGGGAACUUCACCACCGGCAGCAUGCGCAAUAUCGUCUCCUUGAAGGGCGACGACACGAAAGCCCAGUCUGUCGGCGGUGGGCUGAACGGCGUGGUUCACUCCAUGUUUGUCAACAGAUCGAACCUCUUCGUCGGCGGCACUUUCACCAGCACGUCGGAUAACUCGGUCAAGGGCCUCAACCACGUUGCCGUCUACGAUACGUCCAAGAACACCUGGAAGCCCCUUGGCGCCGGUGUUAGCGGCAGGGUUACGCGCGUCGUGGGGAUGACGAUGAACAUAACCAGCUCGACUCCCGAGGUCGUCAUCAGUGUGAAUGGAGAUUUCGACCAGCUGCUGGCGUUCGAUACCAAUCCUGCCGUGAAGGUGAAGGGCUUCGGUGUUUGGGUGCCGUCGCAGGAGAAUUGGCUGCAGAAUCUCGACUUGCCGGUUGAGCUGGUGGAAGGCGUCCUGUCAGCGUCAAUUCUCAACGUCAAUGGCUCGUCGCUUUACUCUGGCACGCUCGCGUCUGCGAGUUUGGGCGCUAACGGCGCAGCAAUCCUCGGCAGCGACACCUUGGGCCGGCUGCCAGUCGACAUCCAACCUUCUGCAGAGCCCUCCUCCUCGUCUGCAGGUCUGGCCAAGCGCGACGGUUCUUUGUCCGGAGGCGCUCGUCGACAGGGCGUUGUGACCGGUGUUUUCGACACCAGUAACGACAGGAACCUGACCAUCCUAGGAGGCCAUUUUACCGCCACGACCACGGACGGCUCGACCAUCCAUAACCUCGUCAUUCUUGACGGCUCUGACGAGGAUAAGGUCACCGGUCUGGGCGACCAGAUCUCGCCCAACUCGACGUUUGCGGCACUCGCCGUGGAGGGUGACAUCCUGUUUGCCGGAGGCGACGUGGCUGGGACCGUGAACGGCGAUAGCGUCAGUGGCCUGAUCACGUACAACCUCGCCACUCGGUCGUUCAACACGCAGCCUCCGGCGCUCUCGGGUGGAAACAGCACGGUCUCGGCUAUUGCCGUGCGCUCGAGCACCAAGGAUGUUUACAUUGGUGGUUCUUUCACCUCGGCUGGCUCUCUCGACUGCCCGGGCGUGUGCUUCUUCAGCACAACAAACUCCCAGUGGAACCAGGCAGGACGGAACCUCGACGGAAACGCCAGCUCCCUAAUGUGGGCCACCGACGACAUCCUCCUAGCUGGCGGCCGGCUCACCGUCAACAAUACCGUCACCACCUUCCUCGCCCGCUACGACGCCAGCACCCAGACCUGGGAUGCCUUCCCCAGCGCCGACCAACUCCCGGGCCCAGUCACCGUCGUUACCGCCGGCACAAGCGACGGUAACCAGAUAUGGGCUGCAGGCACCUCCACCCAAGACGGCUCCGCCUUCCUCAUGAAGUACGACGGUUCCAGCUGGCAACGCGCUGGACAGUCCGCCCUCGAGCCGGGCAGCGACAUUCGCGGCCUGCAGAUCUUCUCCCUCACCUCUUCGCAUGAAUCGUCCCCACUCGUCGAGGAGGACGAAGCCCUCCUCAUAACGGGCUCCAUCCUGCUCGCCGGCUUUGGCUCCGCCUCCGCCGUCCUGUACACGGGUAACGAUAAGUUCACGCCCUUCGCCCUCACCACCUCCUCGUCCGGGGGCGGCGGCAGCAUCGCGCGCGUCUUCUCGGAGAGCAACCGCUUCUUCGCCAAGGGCGGCGGCCACAUGCCCCUGGGCUUUGUCGUGCUCAUCAGCCUGGCCAUCUCGCUCGGGCUGAUACUGCUGAUCGUGGCCGGGGGCUUGGUGCUCGACCGCGUGAGGAAGAAGAGAGAGGGCUACAUACCGGCGCCGACCAGCAUGAUCGACCGGGGCAGUGGCAUCGCGCGCAUCCCGCCGCACGAGCUGCUCGAGGGGCUCAACAGGCGCGGGGCACCGCAUGUCUGAGUGGUGCCAUCAACCUCGCCUACCCGCGCUGUCAAGCGGUGAAAGUUGACAAGGAGUCAGGAGGGAAAAAGGAAAUCAGGAGGGAAAAAGGAAAAUAAAACGAAGAAAAAAAAAUAAGAGGGCGGCUG